AUGUUAGCACGUACGGCCGGAUUGUCCCACGUCUGCCUCAGAUGCCAGCGAAGACUGUUGACCGACAGAGGCCCUCUGGAGGCUCCCUCGUAUCCUUCCACCUUUGUAUCAGGCCGGCGAUGGGGUCAUUCAGCAGUUCAAAUCCAACAAGACGACGACAAUGACCAUCAGGACGGAGGUCAACCGGAAAACACUGACCUGUCCUCGAGCACCUCCAAUUCCGAACCAGUCGCGGAGAGAUCCUACCGCUUUCGACGAUGGCGUCCGAGCAAGACGGCCAAUCUGGGAGUCAAUUCCUUGGGCAAGCCGGCGGAGGUGCUGAUUCUUCCAUCCCGAGACCGCCGCAUACCACAGGUCCCGAAAGAUGAAGAAAACAAAGCCAGGGUGAGCGUGCAGGAAUCACUCGCCUCGGAGCAAGCACCGCUGAGCAUACAAGAUUUGAUGGCGAACAUCGAGCAAGUCGUCCGGUCUUCGGGCAUCGAGAAAAAGCGCGGGCAAUUAGAGGUCAAGGAGUGGGAAAUACUCCGAUCAAGUUUGGCCCAGGGAUUCAAACUCGACCAGAUGAGGCGUUAUAUCGCGUACAAGCGCAAGAAGUCAUUGUCAACCGAUGCCUUCCACCGUGUCAAUAGACAGAACAAGCCGGACACGAUCAAAUAUUUGGUUGAAGAGGUCUGGGGGUUCACCGUUCCUGUGACGGAAAAGAGCUCCAAGCAGAGACAGCGGAGCUUGAGCCUUUAUGUCCCAGAUGAAGCCAAACUCGAUCACCUUCUGAAAGACCGCGGCCAGCCAUUGAAGCGAAUCGCAGAGGAACUCGAUGUCCAGAUCGACUUGUUUCGACGGGAAUCUAGGAUCAGAGUUGCCGGCACCACUGCAAAUGCCGCGGCCGCGCUGGCACGGAUUUCGCGUGUGGUGAAGGAUCUUCAACCCAUCAUGGUACCACUUCGAGGAGCCAUGGCCGAGACCUACCGAGAUCCAGCCCUGAAACACCUCGUCAGACCGUUCCUGGAUUCCGUUCAGCAAAGGUUUGAUGUGCAGAUUGCUUUAACAUCUGAUCACAUUAAGAUUGUCCACAACGAAAAUCAUCGUUUGUCACAACAAGCUCAUCGCGUGAUCCGGCUCGCAGUGGAAACAGAAGAUGAUCCCCAUAAAAUUGAAGUAUGGCCACCGGAGAGUAAGGAGUCAAGCUCUCUUCAGCCGUUUCCCAGCCCCGCCGAGUUUUCUAGGGGCCUCCUGCAGCUACCAUGGACUCGUUUCGUCAACUCUGCCAUUGACACUCCACCUCCGCGUACACGCCAUCCUGAUAACGAACGCAUAACGUUACUGGAUACCAUGCUCAGCAGAAUCCGGGAUUGGCUCAAUGCCGCCAGCAUGGUCAAGAAGCCGAAGCCGCGGCAUGAGUUACACUACCAUACAACCGCAAAAUUUGGCCAGGCAUUGUUCCGAGAGCCGCCACAGGCUAGGAUUCCCCAUACAAGAACGAGAUCAGAGGUUGAAUCGCCAUCACCGUCUGUGAGCAAGUCGAAGGAUAGGAGUGAGGACAUGGAAAACACUGGCAAGGCAAGCGAAGCAUCUGCCGAUGUGCUUUCCAAGGGGCCAUCACUCCAUCUGAAGAGCGCAGCUGGAAACGAACGGGUGUCAGGCGCGGUCAACUCGAAUGCCCCAAGUACCUUUCCAACCCCAUCACUCACCAGCCAGAUCCCAUAUCUGGUCCAGCAACUUGCACUCAUUAAGCAGUGGAACCAGGGUACAUCCACAACCGCGAAGGAUAUUGAUCCCGAUGCCCGUGUCACUCUCCGACUCGAGUUCUCUCCGAUAUACAACGGACCGCACUCUCAAUAUUGGCCUACAUUUGAAGCCUUUGUCACCUCAGGAGAUUCGCUUGAGGGUAAAAGACCCCCGCUGAACAUCGCCAAGAUUUCGGCCGUGCACCAACAAAAAUCAUUUACCAUUCUUUGCCCGAGUCGUGACGUGGAUGUCACAGUCACCCAGGAGCUCAGACAGGACCUUCUGUAUCGAGGAUCCGAGAAGAACCAACACUAUACAUCUCUACUCCGUACCAUCAAGGGAUACUUCUCACGAGCAGAGGCCGAUGAGCCUACUGACUGGCUCUUCCAACCAUUUAUUACCUUGCCCCUGGAUGACAGGAUGAAAGGAAUCGCUGAUAAGGUGGAAAGUGCUGUUAAGCAAGGAAAGACGUUUCAACAACAGCAUGUCGCUCAGACCGUGGCCACCAAGAAAGAGUCGAUUGCGUACAUUCUCCGCACAGUCGAUGUCAUGGAUGUUGACUCCCGCGAGAUCGCCGUCGGCCUGGAUGUGGACUCUGCUGGGAAGCAACGAAAUCAUGAGACCGUCAAGUUCUGCUUGGAUCAUGUCACAUUGACCGGCACUGAGGCGACGCGGCAAGAACUUUGCCUUUCUGAGCGGUCUUUGCUGCAACCCCCUCCCCUGACGCCGACGGACGUCACGACAUUGACGAAAACGGCUUUGGAGCUGGCGGACCGUCUGGGCAAGGAUCCUACCGCGUCGCCGUCUACACUGGCUGAGUUUGAGCUUAAGCUCCACGCCAAGGACCUUCCUGGAGAGAAGAAAAAGAAGACAACGGGGAAGAAGCCGAAGCCGAGUCCAAAGGUGCUGACCAAGGCUCAAAAGCCGGCCAAAAAAGCGUCCUCGUCUUCGAAAAGUCGCGGCAAAAGCCAAGCGUCCGUGUCAUGA